UUGUUCAGAAGCAGGUGAGAGUCAAAAGGGACAGAUAGAUGGGCAGAGCUUAGAGAGAAGACACCCAGAGGAAUUUUCCUAAGCUAGGACCUCCCGACUCCUAAGGCUUACUUUCUGACUCGCUGUUUGCUGCCCUGGUGAGCUGCUUUGGGGUGGGGGGGCAGAAGGGUACCCAACAAUGAUUUUCUCCUCCUUUUUGAUGCCCCUGGUGCUGAUGAUCCUCUCCCCACCCUCUGCCCCAGGCUCAACCUGGAGCUGCCUUUCUGAAUGUGUUUGUGGGCAGGAUGGGCAGGUCAACUGCUCUGGGAGGGAAUUGCACUCUGUGCCUAUGAUUCUGGACCCUGGUGUCCAAGUUCUUCUCUUGGACCACAACCAUAUGGACUUCUUGCCCCCAGGGGCCUUUGCCCUUCUGCCCAGGCUGCUCUCGCUGGAGCUUCAGGACAAUGGAUUGCAGAGAAUGCAUGUGCAUGCCUUCUGGGGCCUGGAGGUCCUGAAGUCCCUAGAUCUAAGUUCCAAUGCUCUCCAGGCCCUGGAACCUGGCACCUUCCGGCCACUUGGUGCACUCCGUAGCCUGUCUCUGGCAGGGAACCGGCUGAUGCGGCUGGAGCCCACAUGGCUGGGUCCCCUGCCGCUGCUGCAGAACCUAAACCUGCAGAAUAAUCUGCUCUCUAGCAUGGGCUCGAUGGUCGUGGACAGGCUGCCUGCCUUGCGCAUACUGAACCUCCAUGGGAACCCUUGGGUGUGCGACUGCACCACUUCCUCCCUCUGCCGCUGGCUGCGAAGCCAUACACACCAGGUCCCAGGAGCAGAGUCCCUGCUGUGUGUGUCCCCAGACCGACUGACCCUCAGGCCAAUGGCUGCCAUCACAGAAGCCUCAUUCAAUUAUUGUAAACACCUGCUGACCCCUUGGGACCUGGCGGUCAUCAUUAUGAUUGGACCACUCUCAUUUCUGGCCAGUGUAGCUAGCUGCUUCAUCGUUGGUUCCUUGGUCACUGCCUUCCAGGCUCGACAUAAAAACCGAAGUGUUCGCUACUGUCCAGUGAAGAGACCCAUCCCCCAGACCCUUGGCCUGGAUGACAUAUCAAAGAACCCAACCAUUAACUUUCCAACACUAUCCUCUCUAUGACUUCUGUCCUCAUUGCUGCAUGGAGCCGAGCCUUCUGGCUUGUCCUAUGACUUGGUACUUUGCGGGGAGUGACCCAAAGAUCAUCCCUCAAUAUAGUUGUGCCCCUCAAUUCCCCAGGCAGAAUGUUCUUGGUAGGUUGGCACCAAG